AAACAAACCCCAAAACCGACCAACAACCCACGGCCAAAACUGGCAACACUUCAGAGAGGAGAAGCUGCCGAAGUGUUCGUGCCUGUGCUGCCACUGAUGCGAGCAGCUGUUCCCAUCUGCACUGCAGCACCGCAGCCUCCACAGAGCCGGAGCUGCCGGGGCUGCUCGCCGGGGGGAUUCCGCAGGAAGCCGGCCUUGCUGUCGCCUAGCCCCGAGCCCAGGGCACGCUGAGGAUGGGAGGCUCGCAGUCCCUGCAGCAGGCACAGACAGGUGGCCUGGUCCGGGAGCCGUCUGAGGCCAUGAGCUCUGACUCCGAAGAAGCAUUUGAGACCCCGGAGUCCACUACACCUGUCAAGGCACCACCUUCACCUCCACCACCUCCCCCUGAAGCAGCAGCAGCAGCAGAAGUUGUUGCAGACGUAGCAGAGCAAGAAAUAAAACCUCAGCUGCCCGUGGAAGAUACAGGGCUGUGUUCAGAAGCUGACCCCGUAACCGAUGUGUCACACAGCGAGCCAGUUCAGGAGAGCCCCUUCCGUCCCCCCUGCCAUUCCUUCUCCGCUGUCUUCGACGAGGACAAGCCCAUAGCCAGCAGUGGAACCUACAACUUGGAUUUUGAUAACAUUGAGCUGGUUGAUUCUCUCCAUGCCUUAGGACCGAGCUCUGCAGAGCCCAAGAAUCGUGACCCCAAAGCAAAUGUCCGGAGAAAAUCCACGGAUUCGGUCCCAGUGUCCAAAUCCACGUUGUCCCGGUCUCUCAGCCUGCAGGCCAGUGAUUUUGAUGGAGCAUCUUACCUUGGCAACAGUGAGACAUUAGCACCCUCAGCAGAUGCCUACAGUACUGGUUCCAGCAGCGCUUCCAGUACCCUCAAAAGAACAAAAAAACCCAGACCAGCUUCCUUAAAAAAGAAGCAGUCAGCCAAAAAACCUCUGGAUGCUCCACUGGUGAAGGAAACCCCACAAGAACUGCCUGAGCUUGGCCAAGCAGCUUGUGAGGACAAAGUACCUGAGGUGAAGGCUGACUCAGCAAAGCCUGAAUGUACUGAACCUUCCAAAAUCUCUGCUGAGAAAGAGGAGGCCCCAUCUGUGCCUGAGGGAUCUGAGCCUUCGGAUCCGGACCGUUUGGAAGGGAUUAGUGCAUUUAGCUCUGGGGGCAGCAAGGUGCAGAACUCCCCCCCUGGCAGCAGGAAAACGCUGCCUCUAACCACGGCCCCCGAGGCUGUGGAGGUGACUCCACCAGACACUGGGGGACAGGAGGACCCUCCCAUCAAAGCAGUGAGGCUGGAGUUUGAUUAUUCUGAGGAGAAAGGGGGGAGCGAAGAGCAGCAGGAGAGCGCUCCUCCUCCCAAAAAAGCAGGGAAAAAGCCUGGUGCUAAAAUGCCGCUCCGGAGGCCAAAGACUAAAAAGCCGGUGGAGAAGCUUGACAAUGCUCCGACCACCCCGACCAAGUCGCCCACUGAUCCAAACGAAAUCCCCAUCACUAAAGGCUCUUACACUUUUGAUAUCGACAAGUGGGACGAUCCCAAUUUUAACCCCUUCUCAUCCAGUACAAAAAUGCAGGAAUCGCCCAAACUGCCUCAACAAACGUACAGCUUCGAGCCGGACAUGUGUGAGGACUCCAUUGACCCUUUCAAGUCUUCUUCUAAGAUUGCCAGCUCGCCUUCCAAAUCUCCAGCUUCCUUUGAGAUACCAGCCAGUGCCAACGAAACAAACGGGAUGGAAGGAGACAGCCUGAACAAACCUGCCAAGAAGAAGAAGACGCCACUAAAAACGAUGGUAGAAGAUGUGAUGUCUGUAUGUUCUCUGUUUGAUACAUUUAGGGUGAAAAAAUCACCAAAAAGAUCCCCACUAUCAGAUCCUCCUUCUCAGGAUCCCACUCCACUGCCAACUCCAGAAACGCCUCCUGUCAUCUCCACGGUGGUUCACGCCACGGAUGAGGAGAAGCUGGCGUCCUCCGUGACGGGGCAGAAGUGGACCUGCAUGACUGUGGACCUGAACACGGACAAGCAGGACUACCCUCAGCCCUCUGACCUGUCCACCUUUGUCAAUGAGACCAAGUUCAGCUCUCCCACUGAGGAAUUGGAAUAUGGCAACUCAUAUGAAAUAGAAUAUAUGGAGAAAAUAGGCUCCUCUGUGCCUCAGGAUGACAGCACCCAGAAGAAGCAGUCCUUGUACCUAAUGUUUGAUGCACAGCAGGAGAGCCCAGUGAAAUCACCUCCCAUCAGAUUGUCUGACUCCACAACUCCCUGCUCAGGGUCGAGUUUUGAAGACCCUGAAGGCCAGCAGUCCUCUGGCAUGAAAAUCCCGCACCCAGCUUCCCGCGUCCUUGCUGCCAGCCAAGAGGGACAUUUACAGCCCCCUGACAAGGCCAAGCAGAAGGACCUGGAGCCCAUGACUCUGGGAACAACUCCAGAGGCCAUUGAAAUCGUGAGUCCUGCUUCUCCUGAAGACUCCUUUGUCUCUGCUGAUGCUCUUCUCAAUAGGAUAUCUAAGAAAGCCUCAAUAUGUGAUCAGCCUGAAUACCUAGAUCCUGACCUGGCAGAAAAGAACCCCCCAAUAUUUGCUCAGAAACUUCAGAGAGAACCUGCUAUCCCAGCAGAUGUUUCCAUCUCCAAAAGUGCUCUGUACUCCCGCAUCGGCGCCUCAGAUGCAGAAAGCACCACGGCUCUGCUCUACCCCCAGCAGGACCUGGACUCUGCACUACGGCUGGCCAGAGCAGAGAUUGUGGCCAAGGAAAGGGAAGUAUCUGAGUGGAAAGAGAAAUAUGAAGAAAGCAGAAGGGAAGUGAUGGAAAUGAGAAAAAUAGUUUCGGAAUAUGAGAAGACGAUUGCUCAGAUGAUAGAGGAUGAGCAGAGAGAGAAAUCUGUCUCCCACCACACUGUUCAGCAGCUCAUAGUGGAGAAGGAGCAAGCUCUGGCCGAUCUGAACUCAGUGGAGAAAUCCCUGGCAGAUCUUUUCAGGAGAUAUGAGAAGAUGAAAGAAGUCCUGGAGGGGUUUCGGAAGAAUGAAGAAGUGUUGAAGAAAUGUGCGCAGGAAUAUUUGUCACGAGUGAAGAAGGAGGAGCAGAGGUACCAGGCACUCAAAAUUCAUGCUGAGGAAAAACUGGACAGAGCCAAUGCUGAAAUUGCACAAGUGAGAGGCAAGGCCCAGCAGGAGCAGGCAGCGUACCAGGCCAGCCUUCGCAAGGAGCAGCUCAAAGUGGAUGCCUUGGAGAGAACACUGGAACAAAAGAAUAAAGAGAUAGAAGAAUUAACAAAGAUUUGUGAUGAACUGAUUGCCAAAAUGGGGAAAAGCUAACUUUUAACCAAAUUUCUGGACUUCGAUACUGAGUGCAAUAUGACCAUUGGCACACUGAUGUCCAUGCAUUUAUGUGGACAGGUUAUAUUUUCACUUUUUCGUAUGCACUACUGUAUUUUCUUUCUAAAUAAAGUUGAUUUAAUUGUAUGCAGUA